AUGACGACGAUUAUCACGCUUUUCAAGAAUUUGCAAAAUUUUCUUGAUGGUACAAAACUGGUCUCAAGAGAGGCUUGUGAAAAUGAGCCCCGAAUUAGUACAGACCCUUUAAUAAGAGCUAAUGUGUCGGCGUUAUCGUUCUCGUCGGAGCCCAAAAAAUCAGAACUAAUUCCUGUUUCGUUGCUCAACUCUCGCCUGGUCAACUCCAUACGAUGUUCCAUUUCAUUCAAUAAACACUUGUUAGCAUGGAAUAUGGACUUCUUUGAGGAACAACAAACUCCAGGAUGGGAUCUUCGGAUGAUUUUGAUCUUGACCACAGUAGAGCACUGUAGAGCGCACACACGUAGCGCACCAAUACUUGCGGUCAUUGUCGGCGUUGUAACCAUGCGGUGGGAUCUUUUGUGCUACGUACGAGACGCUUUUUCCGAUUGGAUGUUAUGUGUGGAUUAUUUGGAGGAGAACAAUAAAUCAAUGCCCUUUAGUCAGGAUAUCGUAUGGAUUAUGUGUCUGCAAUUCGCGAGAAUGGACUACAGCGGAACGGCCACAUCGUCUUCACAGGCCAAAUAUCAGUAUCUUACGGUGUCUACGGGGUUGUCGAAUGGAGAUACGCGAAAACGUGACACAGAAAAUGAUUGGAAAUUUCUAAAUGUCUCUGUUGUCCAGCAGUUGUCAUCUGACAAGUUGUAA